AUGGCGGGCUGGUCUUGGCGCGCUGUGAGCGCACUUCUGCUGGGCCUUGGAAGCUUGCCUUUGGCCAAUGCCCAGAUUAUUCAAGGCCUCAGCCUCAAGCGCGACAAGCUGCUCAAGGUGUCUUCCGAGGUGAACCCUCCUGUUCUGGAUGUUUCGGAUGGCCUGAAGACAUUUUGUGGGCAGAAGCUGGACCAUUUUGCCAAGAAUGACGACCGCACUUGGUGUCAGCGCUACACGACCAACAGGACUUACUGGAAAGCAGGAGGUCCGGUCUUUGUCUGCAUCGAUGGCGAGGACUAUCCUUGGGGAGGAAGUCGCAAACCUUAUACUCUCAUGUGCAACAACAUGAUGGAGCUUGCCAAGGAGUUCAAUGCCAUGGGCAUGGCAGUGGAGCACCGAUACUAUGGCGGAGCAGCCUUCGAUGGCGUGCCCGACUUUUCCGCCGAAAACCUCAAAUACCACUCCUCCCGCCAGGCGCUGGCAGACCUCGCAGACAUACACGACUAUAUUGUCCGCACAGAGUCCUUCGACGUCAAGGGCGUACCUUGGGUGGUCUUCGGUGGCUCCUACCCUGGAUCUCUGUCUGCCUGGGCACGGCAGCUCUAUCCAGAGAGGUUUGCCGCCUCGGUCGCCUCUUCCGCUCCGCUGCAGGCCCAGCUUGACUUCUCCGGCUACAAUGCCGUGGUGUCCUCUGCCCUUGCGGCGCCCAGCAUCGGUGGCAGCCCUGAGUGCCUGGCCACGGUGGCCAAGGGCCACGCUGAGAUUGGGGACCUCCUCACGUCGGAGCGAGGACGUCGCUCUUUGGAGCGGAAGUUCAAGCUCUGCGGCACGAACGCGUUGGACGACAUUGACAACCGGGCGCAGUGGGCUGGCACGGAUGGCGUUGUCGCGACCAUCCCGCAGUACAACAGUGCGAAGUGCAACCACACCAGCUGCAACAUGAGGCUCUUCUGCGGGAAUCUCUCCGAGAUGGCAAACUCCUCCGAGAGCACCAGUGCCCUCGAUGCGAUUGUGCUGAUGAAGGAGCACCAGGACAAGGAGGACGCGCUGGGUGGCAGCGCUCCCGGGCCGUGUACCUCGGUAUCCUUCGCCAACUUGACGAUCAAGGCCAUGAACAUCACGCAGAAGGUGAACUACAGCGACAGCCGUUCUGGUGACCAAUUUAGCCGCCUUUGGUACUACCAGACCUGCACAGAGUUCGGCUGGUACCAGACCUGUGAGACUGGAAGCAACUGCCCCUGGACGCAGGGCUACAACACAGUGGACUGGAAUCUAAAGCCUUGCCAGCUUCUCUUCGGCAUCUCUCCAGAGAAGGUUAAAGAGAACAUCAAGAAGACCAACGACUUCUACCAUGGCAUUCUGUACCCCAAGACCACCCGAACCAUCUUCCCGAACGGCGAAGUGGACCCGUGGCAUUGGGAGUCUGUCCUGGAGCACGAGAACCCGGAGAUCGACACGAUCUUCAUUAAGGGGGCCUCACACUGCGAGUGGAUGCAUGCGGUGCAUCCUGCCAUGAGCGAGCACCUGGUUGUGGCUAAGAAGGCCAUCCAGAACAAGAUUGCCUCAUGGCUUCGCCACCCAGAGCCCCUUGUAGCGGCGGCCACCGACUUGCACAGCAUCCGGCAGAGAAAGUUCCUGGCCUCUGAUUCAGAGGUGGAUACGGUAUCCCACCUGCAGAUCCCGGUGCUCCGAGACGAAGAGCUCUAG